AUGAUGAAGUUCACCACUUUUCUGGCGAUAACCGCCACCGUGAAGCUAAUUGCGGCGAGCCCUCCGCGUAUUACCCCCCGAGACUCUAAUGGAAAAGCUACAGUUGAUGUGUCUAAAACGACCGGCUCGGCAGAAUUUCUUGGGUCAGAUUUCAUAUAUGGAUUCCCCGACAAUGGCGAAGAGGCGCAGACUUUCAAUGCCUGUCGCGCUGGUGGUGCACAAACAGUGUCUACCGGCUGGGGUGCUGGUGGGCAUGACCAGUAUAUUGGGCGAUUUGAAUCUACCUUAUCCAACUAUCGCUCGACUCGGAAGUUCAAUGGGGAUUUUAUUUUAUUGAUUCACGAUCUUAGGGGCUCGGAUGGUUCAUCGUCUGAUAGUGCUCUCGAGCCCGGCGACAACGGGGCUUAUUCAGAGUUCGAGAAACGUUUGGCCCAGUUGAAGCAGGAUAUCAACGAGAAUUAUAUGCUAGACCUAUCCUCCUCAUUUGUUGGCAGUGAUAUUACAGGAAGUAAUUACGCCCAGGCCGGGUUGAUGCUUUGCUGGCUGGGUGUAUACUAUUCCACCGUCGGCCCAAUCUGUUACGCCGUGAUUACAGAGGUGUCGUCUAAUUGUCUUCGGAAUAAGAGCGUCUGCCUCAGCCGUAUUGCCUAUUACAUCGCUCAGGUCGUCUGCAAUAGCAUCAAUCCAGAAAUGCUGAACCCCACUGCGGGUAAUUGGCGUGGAAAGACCGGCUUUUCCUGGGGUGGCUCCUCGGCCGUGUUUUUAGUCUGGGCAUUUUUUCGUCUGCCAGAAACAAAGGGAAAGACGUUCGAGGAACUGGAUAUCUUGUUUGCGAGAGGAGUAGCAGCUCGUCAAUUUGCACAGUGCGAGGUAGAUGCAUAUGUCGAGAGUCAAGAGGCCAUUACUCAGAGACAUGGGUGA